AUGUUCAAAACUCUGCCAGAAAAGGCAGCUUUUAGAGCCUUAAAGCUCACUCUCCAGCUGAUAGGCCCUCUCCAUGACAUUGUGGCCUACCUUUUCAGUUUUGCUAAACUUGGCAAUUGUGCAGCAUGCUUUGAAUUCCCUCUGAGUCCUAGCCCUUCAAGAGGCAACUGGGGAGGAACUGAGGGCAUUGGGUCUGAGCUUCAAGAGCUGCAGAAAACACUUGACGGCCUCCAGAGCCCCCAGGAUCCAACCCAGGUGGCACAGGCCCUCCUGCUCCACAGGGAGGUUAUGUUGCUCCAGUUCGAUUCAGCAGUGAGGCAUCUCGUCCGAACAUUUUUAGCUGCUGGAAACAUCCCUGCCUACCAGUCUGUCACAGAUGGCAUGUGCCACGGGUUGCCACCACUGAGCAACGCCCUUAGGAAGAGCAUUUUUGCUUCACAGCUAGGCCUGCCUCCGCCACUGGAUCCCCAGGGCCUCCAGGCAUUUGCACUGUUCCCUUGGAGAGCAUCUCUACAAGAUGGAGGACCAUUUCCAGUUAUAAGUAGCAUCCCAGACACCCUAGAGUAUAAUAUGCAGCUGUGCUUUUGUGGGCUUAGUGACCGUGACUGCAAGGUGGCUCAUGAAGAGGUGGUGAGCAUGCAACUGCUAAUGGAAGAUGUACUUCUGAGCAGCUACCCUAUGAUCAUGGAGGGUUCCUCUGGCUGGAAAGACACACAGGACAAAAGUACACAGCCAGAUUGGUCCAAACUGCCAGGAUUCAGAAAUCAGGCUCAAAGCAGCCCAAAGGCCUCUGCUCUGCUGGAGGGCAAGUGUGAUCCUGUGCUGUCCCUCACCCUGCUUAGAUCCUUCCUGAUACUGUGGAAGCAGCUGGAAGUGCUCAAGGAACAGUGGGGAAGACUCAAGCUGCAAGGCCAGGACAUGGACUCCAUCGCCCUCUACAAACAGUUCUCAGAGCUCUAUAAAACUGAUAUUCUCUACCCCAGCAUGAAGGCUUUAGCCAAGCAGAUGGGGAAGGAAGAUGAAUUUGAAGGACUCAUAAUAAAUAGUCAAUCUAUUCUGCCCCCCAAAGGAGCUUCAGAAGUGGAAAUAAAAACUCAUCAGCUUCAGAAGCUUCUGGAAAAUCUUGAAAUCCAUAUGAUCCAGGAGGUACUAAGAAGAGUUAAUAGAGAGAGGACACUGGUCUUAACAGAAAAGUCCAAUGAGGAGUACACUCUCCCAACAGAUCUUUGGAAACAUCAAGCCAUGAAAGAAAACUUUUCAGUUGUAAGACCACAAAUAGUUGAAAAAUUUAUACAGCGAUUAAUGGAGAAUCACCAGGACAGUGGACCAGAGAUCACCUUCAGGAGAGACCACCUGGAGACCUGCCUCCUUUCCCUGGGUUGUGAUGUGAUGGCAAGAGAACGCAGCAACUUUGAGACCUACUCCAUGUGUUAUGAGCAUGUAUUGCAGCAUGUCAUGCAAAAGCUAUGCCAGAAGGAGCAGGAAUUAGAGGUGCUACAAAGAAGUCCAGUUCCACCCGAAGACCAUGCUGGUCAGGUUGCAGAGCUCAGUCAUGACAUGAUCAUGGAAAUCACUGCUCUGAGAGCCCAACUCACAGACUUGGAAGAAGAGAAUGUGAAUCUCAGAAAGCAGAGUCGAAAAGAAGUCCAAGAAGAAUACGAAUCAUUGGUCCAAGCUUUGUUUAUGACCUGUUUACACAUAAAAGAGAAGCUCGAUGAGAAUCAGCUUAAUUUGAUCCAGAAAGUGUGUGAGCUCAUCAGAGAAGUGAGAACAGAAGGGAUCGCCAAUAUGAAGGAGCUCAAGCAAAAAUGGGGCUCUGCCAGGCCUGAAGAAGGAAUAAAAGAAAGCCCAGCCAAAGAGCAGCUGUGGGCCUUAGAGCGGGACAAUGCGCACCUGGCAGCCCUGGUAUGCAAACUGAGGAGCCUGGACCGCUGGCGGCUAGCUGUGCAGCAGGCUCGCUUCCAGGGCCAGCUGAGCAGGGCAGAGAAGGAAUCUAUUCAAAGUAAAAAAGAGUGUUUGCGCAUCAAGCUCAUGGCAGAACAAGAAGUGGGUUUACUUCGUCAACAACUGCUGGCUCUCCGGCAGGCCCUGGCCAAGGCCCAGGCGGACAGCGGGAGGCUGCGGAAGCAGCAGGGUAUCCAGGCCCAGCUGCUGAGGGAAUUAGAAUACAGAGUAACCCAAGAUGCCAUCACCCGGCAGCAGCUGGACAUCAUAAGGACAUCCAGCAUGGAGAAGCUCAUGGAAGAUGUGGAGCAAAAAGAACAGCAACUGCAGCUCCUCACUGCAGAGGCUGCAAGGGCUUCGAAACUGGGCCAGCUGCAGCAGAAGAAAAUGAAGCGCGAACUUCACCAGAUGAGAAGCCGGCUUGCCCAGGAGCGCAGUGUGAAGCUGGAUGCUUUCCAGCGUGUGGAGGAGCUACAGAGUCGGCUUAAGGAGGCUGAGCAGCCAUCUGGGCAGAUGAGCACCUUAGGCAGUAAGCACACCCAACUCUGGCCGUAAGAGUUGCGCAGUCAGACUCACUACUCCCUAAAUUCUGCUUCUAUAUCAUCCAGAUUCUCCCACCAACACUUUUUGAAAACUAAUCUUACUGGUAGUAAAGUGACAAGACAGAUUCAAAGACCAAAGACGGUACCUAUUAAGCACAAAAAAAGGACUGAUGUUUUCCAACCCAGUGUGGAAGAAAAUGUGCAACUUCCAGCUUUUCAAGUCCAAACAGCUCCAUCUAGAAUCCCAUUCAGAUCUGAUUGGUAAUACUUUUUCAAAUUUUAUUUGAAUAAAUGGCUCUAAAUUC